AUGAUGACCUGGUGGUCCUCGGGGGCCAACAGUGCCCUGGAUGAGCAGAUUGAGAAAGCCACGAGUAGCAGCCUCGAGGACAUUGCCCUCAAUCUCGAGAUCUCCGAUGUCAUCCGGUCGAAGACAGUCCAGCCGAAGGAAGCCAUGCGCUCUCUCAAGAAGCGCAUGGACAAUAAGAACCCCAACACCCAGUUGAGCGCAUUGAAUCUCACAGAUACGUGCGUCAAGAACGGCGGCUCGCAUUUCCUGGCCGAAAUCGCCUCGAGGGAGUUCAUGGACAACCUGGUGUCAUUGUUGAAGGCAGUUGGGCCGGCCUCGGUUAACUCGGAGGUGCGCGCAAAGAUCCUCGAGUUGGUACAGUCCUGGGCGGCCGCUACGGAAGGCCGCUACGAACUGGCCUACAUUGGCGAGGUCUACAAGACGUUACAGCGGGAGGGUUUUCAGUUCCCUCCGCGGGUCAGCGUCGCGAGCAGCAUGAUUGACAGUAGUGCCCCGCCGGAAUGGGUCGACUCCGAUGUAUGCAUGAGGUGCCGGACUGCCUUCACUUUCACAAAUCGGAAGCACCACUGUCGCAAUUGCGGUAACUGCUUUGAUCAGCAGUGUUCCACCAAGUCGGUGCCCCUGCCUCAUCUUGGGAUUCUGCAGCCUGUCAGGGUGGAUGAUGGCUGCUAUGCGAAGCUUAUGGACAAGUCCUCAAGGGGUCCAGGUGUUGGUGGGAGACGAGGGAGCGAGCCAUCUCCCAGCUACCCGUCGUUUCCCUCCAAGUCGCGGAGCUCGGCUGCGAUGCAGCCCCGCAGCGCCAGGGUAGAUGACGGCUUUGAUGAGGACUUGAAGAAAGCCCUAGCUAUGAGUCUGGAAGAAGUCAAGAGCCAUUCCCACGGCUAUGUGCCGCCGAGAGCAAACGGACCGACUUCCAGCCAACCCAGCGCCAACGACUCGACGGCCACACCUUCCAAGUCUGCAGAGGAGGAAGACGAUGAUCUUAAGGCAGCCAUUGCAGCGUCGCUUGCAGACAUGGAGGAGCAAAAACAAAAGCACGCGGCUGCACUCAAGGAGCAGACAUUGGGCGCUGCAAAUCCCUCGUCUUCGGCCCCCUUCACGUUGCCAAAGAACGAUUACGAGCUCACUCCCGUGGAAGCAGAGAACAUCAACCUCUUUUCGACCUUGGUCGAUCGGCUACAGACACAGCCACCAGGUACGAUCCUGAGGGAGCCUCAGAUCCAGGAGUUGUAUGACAGUAUUGGCGCCCUGCGGCCGAAGUUGGCCCGGACGUAUGGCGAGGCGAUGAGCAAACAUGAUACGCUGUUGGAUCUGCACGCUAAGCUGUCAACGGUCGUCCGCUACUAUGACCGCAUGCUGGAAGAGCGGCUAUCCAAGGCAUAUGGUCAACACAACUUGGGCGGAUAUAACCUUCCGCCCCCUCGACAACCAUCGGGCCCAUAUCCGUCAAUAUCAGCCAACCCGCCAAACAACCUUGGCCCCGCCGAGAACUUUUACACGGGGGAGCAACAACAGCAACAGCAACACGACUACAACAAGGUUCCCAGCGCUCAGCCAUAUGGGCAAGCACCCCAGCCGACUCCUCAACUUGUAUAUGCAAGCUACGACAAGCGAGCAUCAGUGGCUGGUCCUCCAAACGGCCAGUAUCUACCACAACAGGCCCAGCGAACUGGAAGCUGGGGCCCAAAUGCCCCUCCUCCACAACAGCCCCAGUACGCGCAACAGUCGAGCUACCCCCCUGCUGAAGCAGCACAUUCGCAGCCCAACCAUAACCAGCAGCCUCUGCAGCAGGCCUCGUUAACUGCGCCGGCAGCGCCAGACUCGGUCGGCAACACCCCGACCCCGACAACUGAUCCCAAUGCUUCUUUCUACUUCAACAACCAACCUCCCACGCAGACUCAACAGCAACAGCCCACGGCCGGACCCGACCAAAUGGCUUCUCCUUACCCUAGUCUUCAGCAACCCUCACACAGCUAUCAGCCGUCGCUACCACAGACGCCUGCUUCCGUGGCAGCCCAACCAUGUCAACCAACCCAAGCUCAUCAAAGUCAACAUCAGAGUCAGCCAUCACAGUCCUCGCAGCCGUACUGGCAGCACCCUGCCGCCCAGCAGACGCCGCUUCCCCCAGUGUGGCAGGCGCAGCCCAACGCCACCUAUAGUCCAUACCCACAGGAGACAUUCCCCUCGGCGCCCCAGCAUGCUCCAAAGCAGCCGGUGGUGGAGGAGAGUUUGAUUGAGCUCUAA